AUGCACGGGAUAAUUGACAUGCAUAUUUUACCUACGUCAGCUUCCAUGAUCGGUGGAACUAUCUUCGUUCUGACGGGUACGGUCGCUCGAACAAAGGCGGGACCAGCUGUCUUCCUCGCCUAUACCAUCGCUGGUAUUGUGGCCUUAUUCAACGCGUUAAACUACUCCGAGUUGGCUUGCCGAUUCCCAAAGGCCGGCUCAACCUACACAUACGCCUACAUUAUGUUGGGGGAGCUGCCGGCCUUCCUUGCCGGUUGGUCAAUUCUGCUGGAAUACAUUCUAGGCGUGGCUGCUGUGUCACGCGGCUGGAGCAGUAAUCUCAACGGCCUUGUGAACGACGCAAUAUCCAAUUGGACAAUAACAAAUGUUGGACUGUAA